CUUUAAUCAGUCUUAUUGCCAUAUCUGUCGAGGCCAGUCGUAGCCGCUGUGUCAAGUGAAACCGCAAACAAACAACAAUCAACGCGACUUUUAACAGGAAAAUUAGCAAUUUAAUAAAAUAAUAAAUACUUCCUCACAAAUGUAAUAAUUAGUUCAAUGAAUUUAACUAACAUGAUUAUAAAUAUGAAUAUGUUAAACAGAUUAAAACAGUGUCACAUUGUAUAAUGCGAUGUGACACUAAAAAAUGUGAUUGUGAUUAUUAUUGUGUCUGAUUUGGGUGAAUCGCGAUGAAAGACAUUUGGAAAAGGCUUCUAGUUCUGGUAGUGGUGCUAGUAUGCUUGGUAACAACGUCUAGAUCGGAGGCUUUACUGAAACACCCGAAGUGCAAGACUGCCGCCAACUGCCAAGAAAUCCCAAGUCAAUCUGGGACUAAAUUUUUUUAUGGUGUCAAAGGAUCUAGAGGACACAACGCGAAUCAGCAAAUAAAAGUGGAAUGGGACAUGGAAAGGAAAUCAUUUUCGUUAUGUUGCAAUUGCCACCCUGAUGGUAAUACCGAGAUUGCAGUCGACGAUCCUGCUUUGCCGGCAAUGCCGAGGCCCAUCGUAGUAAAAAGCUUGGAAUUCGCAGGUUGUUUGGUUCCUAAUGUCUCGUACUACGACGCCAUAAAAGCACUCAACAUAACAUUUUCAUGUAACGAUUGUGACCUCACGUUGUCCGCAUUACCUUCGGAACCACGCCUAGAAAGUUACCACCUGAAAGGGCUAGUAAUAAAUAAGCUUACAAUUAGUGCUUUACCCGGAAAGCUACCCACGAGGCCUAAAAAAGACUUCUUAAAUGGAUUGCCUAGAUUAAAAUAUCUAGAGCUUGCUGUGGAACUUGAGGAAGAGACUCAAACACUUCUACCACAAUCACUUGAAUCACUAUUGCUUUAAACACCCAUUUGCUGAUGCCACCUGUAAAUGCAACGAAAUCACAAUCUAACCAAAGUCACUGGCUGCAGCGGUUGCCCUCGUUGAAGCUUCUUAGACUACAAGAAAAAAUACAAAACUACUAAACAGACCUGUAGUACUACCACCACUGGCAUCUUUUCCUAAACUAGUCACCUUGGUUUUGCUGGAUGUCUUGCUAGCACCAAUGACAGAUAAUGCAGAAUGGCUGAAAGACUCGAAUCUGCAAAAUCUCAUGAUGAGGGAUUGUCCAUUAGUAAAUCUACCGCAUAAUUUCUUCAGAGACACACAUUUAACUAGAAUACACUUUUGGAACUCUACAUUGAGGUCUUUGCCAGAUGACGUGUUUGCACCCCUAGAGUCAAGCUUACGAGAAUUAGACCUUUCACAUAACCUGCUGAAUGGACGAGUCUUGGUACGCGCCGUUCAGUCGCUGAAAAAUCUUAAGGUUCUGAAGGUGAACAACAACCCACUGGGCUCGCUAUGUGGAUCUAGUCAAUAUUAUUAUAAAAUGGAAUCAGGGUUGCCAAAAAAUCUGCGUCGCUUAGAACUACGCAACACUCGUGCUACACGCAUCUGCAGUGAUUGGACCGAAAAUGACCAUCUCAAUGAAAUAGUUCUAGACAAAAAUAAUAUUCAAUAUUUAUGGUAUAGCAACUUGAGAAUGAGACGCGCUGAGGAUAAACCAGUAAUGCUCAGUAUGAAAAAUAACAACAAUAAUAAAAAUCCAUUGAAAUUGAUUAUCAACAAAAACGACGUCAACCAAUGCGGGCAAGAAAGUUUAUCUCAAAGUGGCGGGAACCGUAAGCGCGUAAAAGUUAAGCUAGUACUGAACUCUUUGGAUUGCGACUGUAACGCGUACUGGUUUCGCGAGUUGCUGCUUAGUUGCCCGCUAUUUACACCAGAGGGACCUAAGCUUGUAAAUUGCAUGAGAGCAUCGAAACCAGAAAUGCUACUUGCCCUGACCGUGAAAGCUUAACUUGCCCAUACAAUGGUCCAUGCCCUAAAGGAUGUUCGUGUGGAAAACGACAACCCGACAACGCGACGGUGGUGCGUUGUGAGGGCGACCUGGACCGAGAUCCAAGAUGGCCGCCGUCUGCCCCUGACUACCCGGUAGCGUUGCACGUAGCCCCCGGGAUGCUGGCU